UUAUAUUGGAGGUAUAUUUCAGCGGAUCGUGAACCCUGUCAAGGUCUACUUGAACAGUGAAUGACCUAACAUUAUAAAUAUACACCCCGUCAAAAUGUCAAUAGCAUGGGAACAGGACGUAGCCGCUACGAGAACUUAAUACCAAAUAGAUGCCAUGGAACGUUUAGAAACUGAGUCUCCGGACUUUCACGAACGCAGAGAAAGCUUCAGAAAUUGGACACGAACUUCAUCGACCACUAGCCGCAGUUCUCUGUUUCCGCAAUCUCGGGGUGACAACGCUGAUGACGAUUAUUCUGGCUCAUAUCCCGGCUUAAGACGGGAUUAUGAUGAGUUAACAGUGCUGCAAGCUCAGGUGUUUUUGGAGGAUGCAGAAAAAUACCGUAGCAUCCACCACAAAAUUGACAAGACCUCGUUGAGACUGUACAGACUAUACUUCUCCAGACCUUACCAAUGGUUCCUUUUCUCGGUGAUGUUUGUUGUACUAAUCCUGGCAUUCUUCGAGAAGCCAUCCUCACUGACCACAAACUGGACGUCCGACAUGAGGAAUACUGGUCAGAGACUGAACCCUCCUUGUGGUCUGACGGAGGGUAUUGAGAUCAUUUGUCUGCUGCUGUUUGUGGGAGAUGUCAUCCUCAAGAGCUACUUCAAAGGUCCAGAAGUCCUGAAGAGCCCCUGGGUCAUCUUGUACAUCUGUGCUCUGCUAGUGUCUGUGGUGGACUGGACAGUGUCCAUGAUAUACUUUUGUAAAGAAAUUGUAAGAGUAAGGAGAUAUAUAAGACCAUUUUUUAUUCUUCAAAAUAGUUCUCUCAUGAAAAAGACUGUCAAUUGUUUGAAGAAAACUCUGCCUGAAAUUAUAAGUAUUCUGGUCCUUUUGGUGUUCCAUGUGUACUUUUUUCUGUUGCUUGGAAUGCUGCUUUUUACUGAGGAAUAUGAUCCUAUCCCAGCAAAUCCAAAUGGAACUGAUCCAGAAGGGCCUGCAGCCAACAGCUCCAGAAAUGGCUCUAGUGCAUUUAUUGAGGAUUUUGAAGCUGGUUUAAAGAAUUUGUUGGUGCUUAUUACCACAGCUAAUCAUCCUGAUGUGAUGAUGCCUUUAUAUAACUACAACAGGUUUUAUGUGUUGUAUUUCAUAGUGUUUUUAGUUAUUGGCUUAUAUUGCUUAAUGAAUAUGCUGACAGCUGUGAUAUACAAUCAUUUCAGAGGGUACUUCCUGGAUUCCAUGCAGUCCAGUCACUUAAGGCGGUGUGUGGGAAUAAGGGCAGCUUACGAGGUGCUACAUGCUAGGGAGAAGGCUCAACACAGAUAUGGAGUCUCAGUUCCUCUGGCUCGUCACACUAUAGAAGGCGCGCGGAUAGCAAAGUCUACAAAAAGAGAGAUGUUGAAGGAGCUCAAUGUGAGAACGGAGGAGUAUCUAGACCACACAACUUUCCAUGCUAUUUGUAUUAUAAUGGAGAAGGGGAAGAAAAGCCAGAAAAAUAAACCUCAGAUGACAUUCUGUCAAAAUGCAUGUCUGAAUAUUCUCCAAACCAUUGUCACUCACCGAUUCUUCACGUAUUUUGGUCUCCUGGUCACAUUAGUGAAUGUAGUGCUGAUCUCAAUAGAACUUUCUACACAGUAUGACCUGAUAGUGCACUCUCCAAAUACAGUCUUGGCAGUGAUCAAUCUUGUCUUUAUAAUCUACUACACAGUAGAGCAGGGUCUAAGGCUGUGGGCUAUGGGGUGGAGAGUGUACUUCAAUCAUGUUUCCUAUAUCUUUGAUGGACUAAUCACUGUCAUUUUGGUGUUUUUAGAAGUCACUUUUCUUAUCAUAUAUGGACUCCCCAAUAUUGAAAAAAUUAACAAGCAGGCAGUUUAUGAAGAUGACCUCACAAUGUGGGACCUAGUACGGGUCAUCAACAUUCUCAUCAUACUGCGCCUGUUCAGGAUCAUCCCAGAGUUCAAGAGCAUGUCUCUUGUAGCCAGCACUUUGGGGGAUCUUUUUGUCAAUCUCCAAGCUUUUGCAGGAAUAUUGCUGGUCAUAUAUUAUUUCUUUGCUAUUCUUGGAAUGGAGCUGUUUGCAGGAAAGUUGGAACCUGCUCAGUUAGAACCCAUGAGAAAUCAAUGUGGAACCUAUGCUCAGCUCAACUAUUGGGGAAACAAUUUUGAUGAUUUUGCAAUAUUCUUGAUGAAAUAUAUAUGCAUCAAAAAGCUGACAUGUUAUGACCCUUAUUUUCUCCUCAUAUUCCAGAGCAUGUCUCUUGUAGCCAGCACUUUGGGGGAUCUUUUUGUCAAUCUCCAAGCUUUUGCAGGAAUCCUGCUGGUCAUAUAUUAUUUCUUUGCUAUUCUUGGAAUGGAACUGUUUGCAGGAAAGUUGGAACCUGCUCAGUUAGAACCCAUGAGAAAUCAAUGUGGAACCUAUGCUCAGCUCAACUAUUGGGGAAACAAUUUUGAUGAUUUUGCAGCCUCCCUGAUAGUACUGUGGGAUGUCAUGGUGGUGAAUAACUGGUUUGUGUUCCUUGAUGCUUACACAAUAGCAACGGGAACAAGGUGGUCACAGCUAUAUUUUGUUGUAUGGUGGCUGCUGUCAGUGGUGCUUAGUCUUAACUUACUCUCUGCUUUGAUUUUAGAGAAUUUUAUAAUGAAAUGGGAGAAGAAUCGAGAACGUUGGAGGGCCAGUGACCAGGAAAGAUCAAGAUCAGUGUCUGUGAACAGUAUAUCAUUACAAGCCACGAUAUCCAGACCAUUAUCUGUACACGACAUGUUUAGGGAUAUGUUACAGGAACCAGAGGAAGAAGAAAUGUUACAAGUCAUUAAUGAGCACAGAUAUCUAAGACUGUAGGAAAGACUGUGUGUCAUGGCACAGUAAGUGGCUAAGUGUGCUGGACAUGUAAGCUUUAUCAGAUCUUAGUCUAGAAAGGCAGGCUGGGAAGAAGAAUCUUUUUAAGAAGUAUCUCACAAAGAUAAGAUAAUCCUGUGCCAGUAACUAUGCACAUAUGACCAUCUGACAAUUGUCAUUCUGUGUCACAAAUAUGCCUUUGUCAGAGUAUCACUUUACUGAUGACAAGCUAUGCUAUGAGAUAAUUAAAGGGCACUUGCCUCCUAGAGAGUUUACAGUUGCCACCCCCCUGGAUGAAUGCCCCCCCCUGGGUCGUUAUACCCUCUAGGUCAGUGCCCUUAGAGGUUAAUGACCCCUGUCCAUAGCUUCUUGCAAAACAUGUUUGUAGUGGAAUUGUUUAUAGGAAACAUGAGCUCAGUGGAAGAUAAGUAAGAAAUAUUUUCGCUUUUUUUUCGCAAGCUUUCUUGAACUUACCCAGGUUUUCAUUGUUUGAAUGUGGUCAGAUGAAAGUGAGAAAAUCUGACUUUUUAGAAUAUGUUGUCCAACUCCAAGGGACAUCAUACUAGUGAUCAGCAAUACAGAUGUUUUAUUGUCAUUUUUUUAAUGUUUACUGUUUGUUCAACUAAAACACUGAAAAACAUUUGUUUUAGUCUGUGAUAAUUUGUAAUGAGUUCAUCCAGGGGGAAAACUUAUCUUAUUCACAAGCGUCGCUCUUCAAAAGAUCUGCACCAAUGCAAUAAGGAGAAAUAUUUAUUUUUCUGCACAUUAAAAUGUUAUUAGAAUCCAUAAUCAUGCAAGUAUUCAGAGUUCCAUUGAUCUCUCAUCAUCAAGGCAGGGUGGAGGAUAUCAGAUAGCAUGAAAUGAGGGAUAAAGCCUGGGGUUUACAGGCACUGUUGGGUCAAAGAUAUGGUAUUGUAGAAAUUUUGCGUUACAAAUCAAUAAUAACUGAAAUUGAUAUAAUAAGUACACAUUGACUGUUAUGGCAAAAUUUGAUUAUGCCUUCUUUAUAUUAAGAAAUGGGACUGGGUACAAAUAGAUUUGUUGAGAUAAUAUUUCAUUUCAUUUUGUUGACGUCAUUGUAUUUGUUGUUAACAUGAUUACAGGUUGUAAAGAAAUGUGUAGCAUAAUAGAUAAAGCUUGGAUUUUAAGCUUGGUGGGACUCAUGUUACAAAUUCUGUGACUAUGAUGUUAAAAGCCUUUAAUAAUGGCCAUAUUGUGAUUGACACAUGCAGACACUUUGGUAAAAUUUAUGUAUUCAAAUAACAUUCAACCUGUAACUUAUACAGUUUUAUUACUAGAAAGCCGUGCUAACCUUUCCUGCUCCAGAAACAUUUGUAAUCCCCCUAGGUACGUUAGGUGGCAGAUCUGUGACAAAUUUUCUCAAUACUUAAAAUUUCAUUCAAUAUUGUCAGUCUAGAUUACUCCAUAACUUCUAGGUAGUCUCUUUUUCUUUGUAUUAUUCAUUUCCAAGUAAAAUUCUCCACAUAAAAAACAUCAGCUGCAGAGGGUGAAGUUGGUAGAGGUAGAUUGUUCUGUGCAAUGCUGAAACACAGGCCGAAACAUUUAUUGUCAUUUUUGUCAUAUUACAUUUCACAUUUCUGAAAGAUAUUUUGAAAAUAAUGUCAUGAUAUAUAUAGUACUUUCAUCCUUAGAAAUUCAGACACAACAUAUCGAAAAACUAUGAAUCUAAUUUUAUAAUCAUAUUUAACAUUAGAAUACUCAAUAAUAUAAAUAUUAUUAUUAAUUUGAUAUUUCUAUUGUGAUUCUCUAUGCAACUUGUAAUGUAAAGAAGCAUAAAUUGAGAUGAUUGUAUACUAUUUUAAGAUAAUUUUUAUCAAAUGACAUCAUAUUGUAGCCACAUAAAAUAAUUAUUAAUUAUUUCAUGCAAUUCCACUGUAUUGUUUAUUAUGGAUUACAUCCACAGUUGAAACAAAUUGUAGAAAACUUCUUAUGCUUUCUUUAAACCAGUAUUUGGUUCAAAAUUGUGAAAAAACUUUUAAAGUUUUUUAUUUUUUUAUUUAACUUGACAAAGUGUUAUGAAAAGAAUCCAUUAAAAAUCUCCAGUGUUAACUGUCAAGGAUUAAUCCUGUUUACUCCCCCUUGGAGUGAUGUGAGCUGAGGUUGGGUGGGUUACUCCUGUUUCUAACUACAAGAGCUGACGUAGUUUCACAUCUUGGCACAAUGGGCUCAGGUAUAAGUUACAUGCUGGGGAUAAAUGCAAACACUUUGCACUGUAUCAGACACCAAAUUGAAAAAUGUGCCUGGAAUUAUAAAAGUUUCAAAUUUGAAUAAUGACAUUUGUUUUUUUUUCACCCUUUAGUUGUACUAUAAGAGUAGUGAUUUAUUUCAAUUAAGUGCAAAAAAUCAACCACCUUAUUGGAUUUAUUUUGGCAGUUUUUUUUAGCAAAUCUCCAAAAUCUAAUCAAACUAAAAUUGCAUCUCAUACAACUCAAGCACCUGAUGACCUUCUUGCCAUGCAAUUUUAAAAUUAAAUUAAAAGAAUUAACCCAGAAGUUCCCACAGUGCAAUCAUGCAUUACAUGCAAUGUUAUGAUAGGGUCAACAUGUUAACUCUGUGUUGUAUGCCCAGCUCUCUCCAUAUUAUCUUUCAUGGCUUAUUUCUCUUUAAUUACCUAUGUGUGAAUGGGGAUCAUAAUGGAAUAGUUUGGCUCACAGAGAAUGCCAGGAUUACACAGUGUAUUUAUCUUCCUUACAUCAUCUAGGAGCUAAUAUACAUCUCAGUAUGGUGGGGCCUUAUGUCAUGUUAUCUAAUUAUCAAGAAGAAGGUCUUGUAUUUUGGAAUGUGUAGGCUUGAAAGUCAAGCACUUUAAAAUGGGACUAAAAAUAUUGAGCCACAGAAUUCUUGGGGGAUUUAUGCCUGACUAUUGCAAUAGAAGGUAGUUAUCACCUAUCCAUAAUAGGUCACAUAUCUGGAGAGAUUGAACAGUAUCAGUGCUAUUGGCAACCUCCACCCACCCACACAUACUGUUUUGAUUGCUGCCCAGUUACAACCUUUGGGGUAGCUGCCCAGGAGGGGGUCAUUUUUCAUGACCUAGCCCCUGCUACUUUUCUAUUAAAAAAAACUGUUGUCACUGUAUGUAUCAGCAGAGAGCAAAACCGAUCAGACAUGAUUUUUUUCCUGAUUUUUCUGAUAUCCAAUUUUUUCUUGGUGGUUUUUAGCCUUACAGUGCCCCUUGACCCUUACUUUUAAGGCCACUGAGCCCUUUUUUUCUACAUUUAUAAUCAAAGUCAUAUUUGAUUGGUGACAAUUAACCAGAAAUCAUUAUCAACUUUUCUUUACAUUUUAUCUUUAUAACUGAUGAGCUCUGAUCUUGAAUGAAAGUGUAUUGUUAUUGAUACUUUGAGAAGGCAAUAGGCAUUUGGUCCAACCAGUUACAUUUUAGUCCAUUUCUGCUCUUUAUCCUAGUGUAAUUCCCUGAUUAAGGGACAAGGUUUAAGUAGUGAUCGCAGGGAUUCACUAAACACAACAUAUAUAAUAUCUAUGAUCAAAUAUUUUGCUUGCAAACUUCCCGUGGAUAAGGUAGAAGGGGUUAACCAAGGCCUAUAUUUGGCAGCAAUACAGAGAUAUAAUAUGUUGAUGGAAGGGUGUGGGUUGAGUGUGGGCAUUGGAGGUUUUAUAUCUGUUUGGAGAAGGUGUUUUUAUGGAGGUCAUGUAUCUAAGGUUAUCAAUAUAUAAAGUUAUAAUUCACAGGCAACAGAAGUGGCUGUGGUGGAGAUUGGUGGCAUUUCAGUCUGGCCCUCGGUUCUUAUCACGUUGGGCGCAUUCUCAUGCGGCGGUUCUGUCUCCCGCGACCACUCGUCUUCCCCCACUUAAUCUGUAUUGAUCUUCAUUCCAAAAUGUCUAAACUGCCGUCUUAUGUGUUGUUGAUUCCUCCCAACACUGUCAACAAUGAUUGUGUAUCCAGUGCACACGUGGGUGGACGCAAGGUGAACAACAGGCAAUGAACAACUAUGUCAACUUGGACAUUAUAUUGACUGAAAAUUUCUUCUUAUUUUUCUUUUUAGAAAAACAACAUUCCUUGGUACACGCACACCAGCUUAGCUGCAUGGAAUUCAGUUAAUUGUGCACUUAAAAACACAAUAGAAGAUUGAUGAAAUUUUAAAGAAAUAACUGAACUUUGGUACUGUAAAUUCAUGGUAAGAAUUUGUAAUGGGGCUGGAUCCAAUAGACCUGAAGUUUGUUACAUCCAGCUAAAGUUCAGUAACCAGUAAUCACGGUGGAAAUGUGAUUUAACUUGCGGUGGGAAUGUUGAGAGGGAGCAAUAGGAUUUACAAGGACAAAAACAAAUUUGGUGUUACAUUGAACUUUUUCAGAUACCUCAUUAAAGUUCAGUUGCAAAAAAAGAGAAAAAAACUAAGAGUGAUCAAUGUAUUGUUUUUGAAGAUUUAAGUUCAAGUCAGGGAAUUCAUUGCAUUCCUUGGUGAUAGUGUUUAUGAAGUGUACCAUGUACAUAAAUAUAUUAGUAGGGAUUAAAACUGAAAUAAACCUUUAGGUCUAGACUUUUGAAUCUAUUGGCCAAUACGUUACUUGACAAUUGCUAUGACCCCCCUCUUCCCUGCCCCCAGACACACUCAUCUGAAGAAACCAUGUACCUCUAGCAAUUAAUUGCUCUUUUGAAUAAUCCUUUGAAAAAGAGGUACUGGGUACAUGCACUCCUUUACUUCAAAACUUCAACCCUUUUCCAUCAUUUAUAACCAGACAACAUAUAUUUCACUCAUAUUAAUAUUGUUAAUAAGUACUGUCUCGCCUUUGCUUCUGUAACUGUACUAUGUGUCAGAUGUGGUCUAAUCAUCAGAAAAUUAUGUGUUUUGUAAAGGUGUGCAAUAGGUACCAAAUUAACAUGAAAUUUUACCGAUUUCAUCCCCCAGUAUAUCUUUAUUGUGAAGACAAAAUAUCUUGUACUCAUUUCCCAUGUAACAUUUUUUUAGUUGACUGUAAUAAGCAGCUAGUGAUGUCAAAAUGCCACAAAUUGACAAUGGGGGCUUUAAUCCUGAUUUCAGUUGUACUAUGUGUAGUUCAAACUGAACUGUCCCCAGUGGUCCAUGGUCAGACAAUGUAUUGCCAGAGCUGUAUUAUAUAGAUAUAGCUGACUUUCACUGCUGGGUUUCCAGAGGUUUAGACUGUUGUUGACUGCAUAUACAGCCUGAA